AUGACAACGGCAUUGAAGAGUCCUCUACCUCUGCCUUCUUUGAUACGGGAGUGUUUGGAUUGGAAGGCCCUAAUCAUUUCUGGAGAUGUCGUAAACGACACCGAAGAAACGCUCGAAGGAUAUCUCAAGACCAACAACGUCGACGUUGUGGUUCUCACGACUAUUCCUCUCCAACCCGGAGAACAGAACAAGAUUAUUUUGGCUGCGAAGAAAGCCGACGUUAAACGUGUCGUUCCUUCCGAUUUUGGACCUUGGCUGGGGUGGAAAAUAGAGGGCCGCACUUCAGAGAUAGAUGUGAUUAGUAAUCGUGUUUUCCCACAACAAUCCAGAAGCGUGAAUUGCCUACCCCCAACCUUGGGUGCCGAAGGAUGGGGUAUCAGGAUGGAAAUUCCUUACACAAGAGUUCAUCAAAACCCAUGGAAUCCCUUACACCUUAUUCACAUUGGGACGUGGGUAUAUAUGCUCUUCCCCGCUCCUCAUUCUGCCAAGGAUCAUCUGCAGAUGGUAUUCUACGGCUCAGGAUCCGUCAAAACAGCAUACACUGCUCUUGAACGGGGGGUCGAGGAAUUCGUAAAAAGAAUAAUUACGGAUGACAGGACGUUGAACAAGGCGGUGAUGACUUAUGAUGGCGAGUGUAUGCUUACUGCGGCAUGGAAGGUUGGAGAUGAGCUGUGCGGUGAGAAGUUUGGGGAAUCGGGAUUAUGCGAGGCUCUCAAACGAAGAAAUGGAAUCUAGAAUCGGGGAAAGCCCCAAGGUCUUGUUUGUCCGUGGGGACAAUACCGUUGAGAAUGCGGUUAGAAAUGUGGGAGCGUUGGAUGCCAGAGGUUUGUAUCCGGAUUAUGUUCCAUUAGGAUUGGUAGAGUGUGCUACGGCGUUCUAUCGAGUGUUUACUGACUCUUUGGUAGAGGGUGGUGGAUGAGGGUAUUGUGGGUAAACCGGUGAUACCUCAGUUACGUGGUUCUUAGAUUCGUACUUACUUACACUUUUCUUGUUACGGAUUUUUGCAACGAAAGGCCAAACGAACAGAUCUCCGUGUGCCACAUACACCUUCCACGCCGGGACGACGCAAAGGAACGUUAUAGAAGGAGUUCACGGUUUUUUUUUGAACACUUGCUGUAAAAUGGUCUUUCUGGUGAACCCAGUGAAAUCAGACCUGAUGACCCUACUUUCCGAAGUAACGUUGGGAGUACGACUCCAAUUCAAACGCGGCCGUCUUGUUUCUCUUGCACUUCUCAGUGAAUUCCCCUCUUCGGGCUGUGCAAAAAGUAAAAGGCUCAAAGCUCAAGGGCAGGCUCCGUUGUGCCAGGAUACGGCGAAGGUUCAUCGA